UAGCUACCCUGUUUGCUAUUGCAUAAUGCCUGUUCAAAAUACGUAUUUCAGAGUAGGGCUAGCCAUGAUCUAGAAGUUGAUUGAAGAUAAUAAUGGGAAUAUGUUUAAGUUUGAGAUUGGACUCAAAUGUGGGUAAUUGGAUGUGUAAACCUACAUGUUAUUUUUGCUUAGCGUUCACUUCAAAUAUUAAAAGAAAGGGUGAGAUAGCAGACUUCUUCAAAAAGCUGAGCAAACAGGAUCAGGUGGAAAUAGACCCCAGUCCUUGCACCACCCCAAGACCUCAGAGCAGCAUACUAGUCAUUCACAGCAGAAUCCACAAUGGAGAGAAGCCCUACAGCUGUGACCUCUGUGGUGAAACUUUUAGCAAAUAUAGCAGUUUAACAGUUCACCACAGAAUCCACACUGGAGAGAAGCCCUACAGCUGUGAAGUCUGUGGUAAAACCUUUAGAAGUGCUAACAAUUUCACAGUUCACAGCAGAAUCCACACUGGAGAGAAGCCCUACAGCUGUGACCUCUGUGAUAAAACCUUUAGCAGUGCUAGCAAUGUCACAGGUCACCGCAGGAUCCACACUGGGGAGAAGCCCUACAGCUGUGACCUCUGUUGUAAAACCUUUAGAUUGACUAGGCAAUUAACAGUUCACCACAGAAUCCACACUGGAGAGAAGCCCUACAGCUGUGACCUCUGUGGUAAAACCUUUAGCAGUGCUAGCAGUUUCACAGUUCACAGCAGAAUCCACACUGGAGAGAAGCCCUACAGCUGUGACCUCUGUGGUAAAACCUUUAACCACACUAGCAAUCUCAGAGUUCACUGCAGGAUCCACACUGGAGAGAAGCCCUACAGCUGUGACCUCUGUGGUAAAACAUUUAGCCAUGCGUGCAGUGUCACGGUUCACCGCAGAAUCCACAUUGGAGAGAAGCCCUACAGCUGUGACCUCUGUGGUAAAACCUUUAGCAAUGCUGGCAAUUUCAGAAAUCAUAGCAGGAUCCACACUGGAGAGAAGCCGUACAGCUGUGACCUCUGUGGUAAAACCUUUAGACAGACUGGGGAUUUGACAGUUCACCGCAGAAUCCACACUGGAGAGAAGCCCUACAGCUGUAACCUCUGUGAUAAAACCUUUAGCCACGCUGGCCAUUUCAGAAAGCACAUGAGGAUCCACACUGGAGAGAAGCCCUACAGCUGUGACCUCUGUGGUAAAACAUUUAGCCGGAUUGACACUUUCAGAGCUCAUAGCAGGAUCCACACUGGAGAGAAGCCCUACAGCUGUGACCUCUGUGGUAAAACAUUUAGGUGGGUUGGGCAUUUCAAAGCUCAUAGCAGGAUCCACACUGGAGAGAAGCCCUACAGCUGUGACCUCUGUGGUAAAACAUUUAGCCGGAUUGACACUUUCAGAGCUCAUAGCAGGAUCCACACUGGAGAGAAGCCCUACAGCUGUGACCUCUGUGGUAAAACAUUUAGCCGGAUUGACACUUUCAGAGCUCAUAGCAGGAUCCACACUGGAGAGAAGCCCUACAGCUGUGACCUCUGUGGUAAAACAUUUAGGUGGGUUGGGCAUUUCAAAGCUCAUAGCAGGAUCCACACUGGAGAGAAGCCCUACAGCUGUGACCUCUGUGAUAAAAGCUUUAGCCAGGAUUGCAAUUUCAGAGCUCAUAGCAGGAUCCACACUGGAGAGAAGCCCUACAGCUGUGACCUCUGUGGUAAAACCUUUAGCCGGGCUGACCAUUUCAGAGCUCAUAGCAGGAUCCACAACAGAGAAAAGAUUUAAGCAGCCCACACUGACUAUUUAUGUCAAACAAAUGACAUAUUGAAGAGUUUCUUGCACAGCUAUGAUAGAAAAACGAAGGGGGUGAAUUAGUCCCAGCAGGCACCACCUGAGAGAACUUCUAUAAGACCCACAGUUGGAAGAACUACUGGCCUGCACCUAAUUGGACAGCACAUGCAGAAGAUCAAUAACCAGG